UCGCGUUGUUGUUCCCUCCCACUUUCUCUGCUCAUCGUCGGUGGAGUCCUUCCCACUGGCGAAGCAAAUUUGCCUUCCCAAAUCCCAACUAUGCAAGCAACUGCGUAAUUACCUUCCUCAAAAUUCUCACCAACAAAUCCACUCUUCCCAAUACCAUUUCCGGCUCAACAUUUAUUGUGUUUCCUUUCUUUGCCUAGCUGCCAAUUUCUUAUUUCUUAAUCCAUUGCUAUAUGAGAUGAGUAGUGAUCCGUAAAUGGGACGUGCCUUUCCCUUCUUCCUCCUCCUCAGUCUCCGCCUCUUCCUCCACUAUGCAAGCUCUGCCUCGAGCUUCCCCACUGGCAGCCGUGUCACCGUCGGCUUUCCUUCCCCGUUCCAGCCAGGCUUCAUAGGGAGAGCCUACGUGCUCUCCGCCGGGAAUGCCCCGCCGGGCUUACGGGCGGCGCUCAGCGUCGAGGCCGUCCAAGGCCGCUACUCCUGCUCCAUGGUCGUUCUCCUCGGAGGCUUGAAGGUGUGGUCAUCAGACCAUUCUGCGAGAUUCGCUCCGGCCGGAAGCUGCAUCCUCUAUCUCACCGUCGACGGCGACCUGCAGAUCAAGGACAGCACCGGCCGCGUCGGAUGGCGUUCGGGAACUCCGGGCGUAGGCGUGCAGAGUGUCCGCCUUCAAAAGAGAACGGGCAAUCUCAUCCUCGCCGACGCGACGAACCGAACCAGAUGGCAAAGCUUCGACCACCCGACGCACACGCUGCUCUGGAGACAGCAACUCAAUUCCUCGGGCAAGCUCACGUCCUACCCGGUCAAUUCCUCCGCGUCCUACUCCUUCGAGGUGGAGCAGGACAAGGUCGCCGCCUACCUGCAUUGGAAAGGCCACACCUACUCCUACUGGGAGCUGAAGCCUCGGCCGCGCAGAAGAAUCGCGUUCGUCAAGCAGGCAUCCAACGGGCUCAAGGUGUUCGACGAAAGAUCCAAGAAAAUUGCUCAAAUCCUGGCGAUGAAUUCUGAGGCUGUUAGAUUCUUGUCCUUCGGAAGCAAAGGCAACGUCGGCCUCUACUACUACUCUGCCUCGCGAGGCGAGUUCGAGGCGUCGUACAGAGCUCUCCGGUUCUGUGACCUCCCGCUUCCAUGCGGACCUUACGGCGUCUGUUCUCCCACUGAAAGCUGCUCGUUUCUGCAAAUUUCCGGACUGGAAUACCAGGCCGACUUCUGCGAGUCGGCGACCGCUGACUUGGAGAUGGUGGAGCUGGAAGGGAUCGUGACUGUGCUGAGAAGCCCAUCGCCGACGGUCAACGUUAGCAAGGAGGAGUGUUUGCUUUCCUGCUUGGAAGAUUGUUCUUGUGCCGCCGCUUUGUACCUGAAUGGCAAUGGCAAUGGCGAUGGCAAUGGCGAUGGCAUGGUCGGUACGGGAGACUCGUGCAACCACUACGUUCUCGUCGGCGGCGCACGAGAGGUAGAGAUGGGGGCGGCCGAUGAAUCUAGCUAUUGGAUAAAAAUCGCCAAGAAAGCGAGUGGGCGUCGUGACGCUUCUUCCGGUCUGACGAUGAAGGUCCUUGUCGGUGGUGGGAUCGUCGACGGGGUUGCGCUUUGUGUGAUCGUCGCAGGACUUUUAUACUAUUUCAUCAAAGUUCGUAAAAGAUCAAUUGAAUCAAGAACUAAUCAUUGAGGAAUCUCAAAAUAUAUUUCAAUUUUUUUUUUCUUUCUGAAAAUCUCAAAUUUUAAAAGCAUUUUGGAGGAAAAGAGACUUGUUAAUGGAUUAAAAAUGGUUAAAAUUAAUUUGAGA